AUGGCGUGCUCCCAGCAUCUGCUGCUGCUGCUGCUGCUGCUGCUCUUGGGGCUGGCUGAGUUCUUGGUGUUCAAGAGGAAGAACGUGCUGCUGUUGCACAAGGUGAUCGGAGAGCCCUGCAAACAGCACUCGGAAUGCCGGAGCCACUGCUGCGCCACGAACAGCCUGAACCCGCAGCGGUUCUGCACCCCUCAGACCAUCUUCCUCCAGUGCCUGUCGUGGAGAAAGCCGAACGGGUACACCUGCAAGGACUACCACGAGUGUCGGAGCAGCUGCUGCCUCAUGGGCGGCCUGGACAAGCAGAGGAUCUGCAGGCCCAAGACCGUCUUCCUGCAGUGCCUGCCGCUGCGCAAGCCUAACUGGGAGUACUGCAGCGACCACAGCGAGUGCCAGAGUCAGUGCUGCAUCAGGCUGAAUGAGGUCAGCCCCCAUCGCUGCAUCCCCAAGAGCGGACUCCUGGUCCAGUGCCUGCCCCUGGCUGUGCUGAGUUCCCCUAAAGAGAUUCCCUGGCUCCUUAGAAACUCUUCCCGCCAGCGGCUUCCGGGGGCAAACACCACAGCUGCAGCUGCUCCGCGCUCCCGGGCCUUCCUUAGCCUGAGUUGA